AACACACAGAAAAAUCAAGGAAUCCUGGAGUAGCAACCCAAGAUACUACACAGAGAUAAGAUGGUGAUGAAGAUCACAAUGUUCCUCUCUCUUCUCUCUCUCCUGCUCUUCACUCCACCCGCAACACUAGCUUCACGAUCACCACCAGUUUUCUUCCCCAGAGCAACCUAUCAAUCUUCUUCACUGAAAAUAUAUGAGACCCCUAAUACAAAAAUUCCCUUCAAGACCCAGUUUUUCCCGCAGAUUCUUGACCACUUCACGUACAACCCCAAGAGCUACGAGAUAUUCUACCAAAAGUAUCUCAUCAACAGUCAGUUUUGGCACCAUGGAGCUCCAAUCUUUGUUUACACGGGGAACGAAGGCAACAUUGAGUGGUUCGCUGCUAACACUGGGUUUUUACAGGACAUUGCUCCCAAGUUCCGAGCUCUCCUGGUCUUCAUCGAACAUAGAUACUAUGGAGAGUCAUUGCCAUUUGGGAAAGACUCUUAUAAUUCUUCGGAGACGGUGGGCUACUUAAAUUCCCAGCAAGCUUUGGCUGACUAUGCCGUUCUCAUAAGGAGCUUGAAGCAGAAUCUGUCUUCUGAAGCCUCCCCUGUUGUUGUGUUUGGGGGUUCCUAUGGAGGAAUGCUAGCAGCCUGGUUCAGACUGAAGUACCCUCAUAUUGCACUUGGAGCCUUGGCUUCUUCGGCCCCUAUCUUGCAUUUUGAUGACAUUAUUCCACCAACAAGCUUCUAUGAUGCUGUUUCCCAGGAUUUUAAGUCUGUGAGCUUGAAUUGCUAUCAAGUGAUCAAGGGAAGUUGGGCAGAGCUAGAAGCCUUGUCUUCUCAGAGACAAGGUUUGGCGGAGCUAAGCAAAAACUUCAAAUCUUGCAAAGGCCUCCAUUCAGUAGAUGCAGCUCAAAGCUGGUUAUGGUCUGCUUUCGUCUACACUGCAAUGGUGAACUAUCCAACUGAAGCCAAUUUCAUGAUGCAUUUACCUGCCUAUCCAGUGAAGGAGAUGUGCAAGAUUAUUGACGCACUUCCUCCUGGAGAGACAAAGCUGAGCAAGGCUUUUGCAGCUGCAAGUUUGUACUAUAAUUAUUCACAAACUGAAAAAUGCUUUGACAUCGAACACAGAUCCGAUGCUCAUGGCCUGAGUGGUUGGAAUUGGCAGGCUUGCACGGAGAUGGUCAUGCCUAUGAGUUGCUCUAAUGAGAGCAUGUUUACUCCAUAUACCUAUAACUACGAUGCAUUCGCAGAACAGUGCAUGAAAACAUAUGGUGUCACACCUCGGCCACAUUGGAUCACAACUGAAUUUGGUGGCAAACGAAUCGAGGAAACGCUUAAGAGAUUUGGCAGCAACAUCAUAUUCUCUAAUGGGUUGCAAGAUCCUUGGAGCAGAGGAGGGGUGCUUAAAAACAUAUCCGCAAGCAUCGUUGCUCUCGUCACUGAAGAAGGAGCUCACCAUGUCGAUUUUCGGUUUGCAACCAAAGAUGAUCCCGGCUGGCUUGUCGAGCAGAGGAGGCAGGAAGUGGACAUCAUUCAGAGCUGGAUCGAUGAAUAUUAUGCCGACCUUAGACCAUGAUGAGCAAGAGAUGGUUCCAGAGCAUGCGACAUUCGGACCCUGAAGAGCUCCAUUACACGAUUUACUGUAUUCUUGCUCUUCGAAUUCAGGAGUUUCCAUAGAUUGAACAUGAACAACCGUGAAUGGUUGAAUUGCGUUUCAUUUCGGCUUU